UGGACGGAGCAUCGCGCGCGAUCGACGGCGACGGCGAGCGCUCAGGGGUUAUACGAUCUUCAAGGUUUGCGCGCGCCCGAAGAUUUCGAUCGCUUGGCGCGAGAGACGAUAUCGAAGUGCGAGGCGAUGGCGCGCGCGCUCAAGGCGGCGGCGCCGAGCGCGGCGAGCGUCGGGGCGUUGGAUGAGAUAUCUGAUGAGGUCUGUCGAGUCGUGGACGUCGCGGAGGUGUGUCGUCACACGCAUCCUUCGCGCGAAUACGUCAUCGCGGCGGAGAAGGCGUACGUGCGACUACAAGAUUACGUUGCAAGCUUGAACGCCGACGGCGACUUGUACGAGGCGUUGCGGAGCGCGCGAGAGAGGGACGCAAAGAAUUUGAGCGACGAGGGCGCGCGCGUGGCGCUUACUUUGCAAGAAGAUUUUGAACGCGGAGGUAUUCAUCUCGACCCGGCGAGGCGACGGGAUUUCGACGGGAGCUUGUCGCGAAGUCUUGAGCUCGGGAUGGAGUUUCAACGGAAUUUGUUGCGCCCAGAGUUAGCGAGCAGAGUAUCGCUCGACAAGAGCACGCUGAGUUCGCUCCCGAAGACAGUGCGAGACCAGUUUCGAAGUAAUGAUGGUAAGCUAUGGACGGGGUUGGUAGAUUCAUCGAACUCGUCGUUGAUGUUGAGACACCUGAGGGAUUCAAACGCGCGCCGAGACGUCUUCAUAGCGGCGAACACUGGACCCGAGCCAAACAAAGACGUUUUGGCCAACCUCAUAUCUUCUCGUGCUGGUGUCGCGCAUUCUCUAGGAUUCGAAACAUAUGCCAAAUAUGCCACCGCACCGUUGCUUGCUCGAUCACCCGACGCCGUUCGCGAGUUCUUGUUGAGUCUAUCGGAUGUCCUUCGGCAGAGCGCAAAGGACGAGUACGCCGUCAUUGAAAAGUAUAAUCACGGCAAACACAUAUCGGUGUGGGACAAAACUUACGCGAUGGCACAAGCGCGUGGACACGAGUGCGAAUUCAAUUCGGCCGCGAUUGCGGAGUAUUUCCCUUUGGAAGGCGUCAUCGUCGGCAUCGGCGAGCUUCUUGCGAGAGUUCUCGGUUUACGCAUCGAACUGCAGGAGUUGGCACCUGGCGAAGGAUGGACGAAUGACCUGAAGAAACUAGUGGUGAAGACUCGUGAUGGAGACAUGCGAGGGACGAUUUAUUUGGACUUGCUCCCGAGGCCGGGAAAGUUUAAUCACGCCGCACACUUUGUCAUUCGGUGUAGCCGCAUGGUGUCGCCCACAGAACGGCAGCACCCAUCGGUCGCUCUCGUGUGUAACUUCCCUCCCGUAUCGGGCAAAGGGCGAUCUUUGUUAAGUCACGGAGAAGUGGAAACGUUUUUACACGAGUUUGGUCACGCCAUGCACUCUGUGCUUUCGGAUACAGAAUUCCAACAUUUGUCUGGAACUCGAGCGCCAAUGGACAUCGUUGAGGUUCCGAGUCAUUUAUUCGAGCACUUUGCGUGGGAUCCAAGUGCUUUGAAGCUUCUUGGAAAACACUACAUGACGCACGAGCCCAUACCUGACGCCAUGAUUUCCGCGUUGCGCAAGUCGAGGAAUAUAUUUCGUUCGAUUGAGUCGCAACAACAGGUUGUCUUCGCGUUGACCGAUCUCGAGCUUCACAACCAAACAUCCGAACUAUCGUCAAAAUCGAUCGCUGAUCUCGCUGCAACGAUUCAAAACGAGCACAGUAUGUUCAAACCUGUGUCCGGUACGAAUUGGGAGCUUAGAUUUGGUCACUUUGUCGGCUACGGAGCGACAUAUUACUCGUACCUGUACGCCGAUGUCCUGGCCGAUGACAUUUGGAAGCGUUACUUUGAGGGCGACAGCCUCGCGGCGGGCGCGGCGGAGAGUCUUCGUGACAAAUUAUUGCGACACGGGGGAUCGAGAGAUCCAGAAAAAGUGAUUAGAGAUUUGCUAGGAAAGGAUUCGUUGAUAGAAGUUAAUGGA